AUGACCAGCUCUACAACCACAACGCAGGCACAGAUCUUCCCCGGAAAAGGGCUGGGGUUUAUCAGUGCGUCGCUGCACAACGUCCUCACUCGGGUGAAAUCCUACCCACAGACAUACCCUGCUAUCGACCUUGCAUACUCUCCUGCAGAUCCUCUCCGGAACCCCGUGAUACUCCAGCUCCCCUCAAAUGGUUUGCGCCUUCGGUUCGAUGGCCCUGACCAGAGACUUCGGUUGAUCGAAGUGCUGGAGUUUUCCCGCGUGAACCUGGUUUACAAAAACCAGGAUGUCCUCAAGGGGGGGAAAUCAGCAGAGCAACCCCUGUCUACGCAGGGUCCGAGCUUCCGGCACGUCUAUAAUCGCCUGUUUGGUCCCUCAUACCCAGGAGAAUAUGUACCGCCGGCAGACAAGUCCCCAUAUGGCACAUACGUGCUAUCAUAUCCUGGGGUCGCAUUCUCCUUUCCCCUCCAGCAUUCCGCCUGGUCCGACCAGUGUGAUUUCGUAGCACUAUUAUCCUCCUCGGCUGCCCUGCCGGCCACGGCAAUGUCCAUCUUCCAAGGUGCAUCGUGGCCGGAGGUCCGAGACAAGCUGUUUACACAGCAACCCCAGUAUCCACGCUCAUCGGCGUUGAUUGGCAAGUCUCGGGAAUCCCUCGCUGAUGAGAUCGAGGAGUGGCAAGUCCUCGGGGCAGGAAGGCUCGAGGUGAUCCGCAGGACUGGGUCUGCUGUGCCUAUCACACUGGGUGCAACCAGCUUCCAGGAUCUUAUCGCGGACUUCGGGCCACCCGAUGCCAUAUAUCGUAAGAAUGACCGCCGAAUAUCGAUCCAUCGCGCGACGGGCGGGAAUGACAUACACCUGAGUCCAUCUCCGGGCAGUAUACAAGAUGGCGAUCACUCAUCCAAUAACAGUGUAACUGAUGAUUCCGACGAGGAACUGGCUGCAUUUAACAUCGGCGAUCCCACCUCACUACCCGCAGAAUGUUUCUUAAAUUAUUUCCACCAUGGCUUUGAUGCCUUCAUCUCCCACCCAACCACACCGGGACCCGCAUUCCCAAAUUCGGGUGUUCACGACCCCGCCGUGGCACCCCCAUCCUCCCAGUUGACCGUAACAAAGAUCAUCUUGCACGGAAACGUGCCAGGCUCCUAUCCUUUCAAUCGCCAUCGCCGAACCCGAUGGAUGAUUCCCCUGGACGACCACAACUGCCUUACGUCCGAGUCACCCUACAACGAAAUUUCCGAGCAGCUCCGGACAGCCUGGAGAGGUUAUUAUGCCAGCCCCACUGAGGAGCGUGCCCUACAGCGGCCAAUGGUGCUGAACCGUGGCUGGGGCGACAGCCCUGAAAGCAGUGUGGAGUUCCUUGGCGGGUGGGAGGAAACCACUUCCAAGGGCCACCGGGCGGGUGGCGAGGGCCAGGAUGGAGGAUUAGGCAACACUGAGAUGUUUGGGUUCCCGGGUUUAUUAUUUGAGAUUUUGAAGAAUGGCGCCGUGAGUUGUUUAACUGUGUACUGA